AUGUCGCUCAGCGUCAGGACGUCGAUUUCGAAUCCUCUCGUCUCCGACGAGGCUCUCAAAAAGCUUAUGGCAGAGCCUAUGAUGACCAGCUACAUCUCCGUCGCGUAUUCAAGCCAGUGGCACGAACGACGCGUCCAGUUCACCUCACCCGGCACUUCGCGCGACAGCGUCAUCCACCUCACGGGCCUCCCGGGCGGGCUCGACGAUGAUGGAGUCUUCAGCGGGGACAAACUGCGCACAUGGCUUCACUACGCCGCGCUCGUUGGCGACACGGUCCUCGUCAUGGAGCUGGUGCGUCUCGGGGCGUGCGUGGACUUUAAGGACAUCACCGGGCAGACGCCGCUGCUCUUUGGCAUGCGGAACCUCAAGGCCAUGGACCAUCCCAGCGUCUAUGCCGCCCCUCCCGGGCCCCGAGAGGAGGUCCUGCGGACGAUAGAAAGAGUGGCGUGGAUAUGCUGCGUUCUCAUACAACAGCAUGCAGAGGUUAAUGCGGAAUACCAGGGUGACACUCCGCUGCACUUUGCUUGCGCAUCGCUCAACUGUCGAUGGGAUCUCGUCACUCUUCUCCUGCAGUAUGGUGCUGACCCUCAUAAACGAACGGCGAAAGGACUCCCAGUUGACUGCCUUCGCGCGGAUGCCGACAAACGUCGCUUCCGCCAGCUUGUCAACCAAUUCGGAGGCCAACUUCGACCGCCUAGACUGUGCCCGUGUCUAUCUGGAAAGAGUUUAAUUGAUUGUCAUUCUUCGGCGAGGACACCAUACCCGCUGGAGUUCAUGUGUAGAUGCGGCUCGAGCAGAAUCUACCGCCAAUGCUGCUAUACGCGCGGUAUCCGAUUACACGAACAGUGGGACGAAGCCCAGCAGUGUAUCGUGAUCUGGAAGACAUCCGCGACGGGCGCCUGCGUGCCGACUAGCAGUAGUUCCAGCCAACCUUUAUGCUCGAUUAUAACCGACCAGUUCUCAUAUGUACCAGCGGAAGUGGCUCGGCAGCUAUGUAACGUCAGGAACGGAGGAGUGAAAGAGUUGUACCCAGACAUGCUCCAGACCAUCAACAGAGGCCUAGUCCCACGAGGAGUUAUGGACCCAGCGUUUGCGUAUGCGCUCUUCCACGCUGACUUUAUUCCUAUGCCGGGGGGAGGGUUUCCAAACAAUGAGAUGGGGGCGCAAAUGUCGCAGGACUGGAACAACCUGGUCGACGAUUAUAUGGCUGCAGGUUACGACCCCCGGCCUCGGAUCAAAAUCGAGAGAGCAGCGAAGAUCGGAAUCUUCUGCGGGCCCUUCUAUCGCGAAUGCGAAGGUGUGGGAUGCAGCAAGCUCGAAGGCAGGGAGGUGCAGGUGCUGCGGAUUUGCUCGGCAUGCAAGUUGGCGGUUUAUUGCGGGACGGGAUGCCAGAGGUCAGCGUGGCCCGCGCAUAAGACAGUCUGUGGAAAGGAGGGACAAGAGGUCCAAAUGUUGUCUUCGCAGAAGAUGGUGCAGGAGUUCGUGCUGCCGGCCUUAGCCGGAAGAAUGUCUAAGAUGAAUAAGUAG